AUGGGUUCCCAGGAGAAUUCUUCUUCUUGCCCCAAGGCCCUUGGAACCUGGGACCUGGAGACUCUGGACUGUUCUAGCCCAGACUCUACCAGCCACCUGGAAGAGCAGUGGCCGAAACCCUCCCCAAGCCUGAAUGAUGAGGAUAGCAUGGACGUCGUACUGGAAGACUCCAGGGAGCUACGGUCUUUAACCUCACCUCCACCAGGCAGAGAGAUCAUCAGGUAUGAAGUCACUGUGAACCGACGGAACAUCGAGGACAUCUGCCUCUGUUGUGGAAGUCUCCAGGUGCAUACGCAGCACCCCUUAUUUGAGGGGGGCAUAUGUGCCUCGUGUAAGGACACGUUCCUGGAGACCAUCUUCCUUUAUGAUGAGGAUGGGCAUCAGAGCUACUGCUCCAUCUGCUGCUCAGGGCACACCUUGUUCAUCUGUGAGAGCCCCGACUGUACCAGAUGUUACUGUUUUGAGUGUGUGGAUAUCCUGGUGGGCCCCGGGACUUCAGAGCGAAUCAACGCCAUGGCGUGCUGGGUUUGCUUCCUGUGCCUGCCUUUCACUCGGAGCGGGCUGCUGCAGAGGCGAAAGAGGUGGCGUCACCAGCUGAAGGCCUUCCAUGAUCUGGAGGGGGCAAGCCCUCUGGAGAUGUACAAGCCAGUGUCUGCUUGGAAGAGACAGCCAGUGCGGGUACUGAGCCUCUUUGGGAAUAUUGAGAAAGAGCUAGAGAGUUUGGGCUUUCUGGAAAGAGGUUCUGGUUCUGAAGGAGGAAGGCUGAAGUACGUGGAAGAUGUCACGAAUGUUGUGAGGAGAGAUGUGGAGAGAUGGGGCCCCUUUGACCUCGUGUACGGCUCAACACAGCCUCUAGGUCGCUCUUGUGACCGCUGCCCUGGCUGGUACAUGUUCCAAUUCCACCGGAUCCUGCAGUAUGCGCGCCCACACCCAGGGAGUCAGCGGCCUUUCUUCUGGCUGUUUGUGGACAGUCUGCUGCUGACUGAGGAUGACCAAGUCACCACAACCCGCUUCCUCCAGAUGGAACCUGUGACCCUCCAGAAUAUCCGUGGCAGAGUCCUCCAGAAUGCUGUGCGGGUGUGGAGCAACAUCCCAGGGUUGAAGAGCAAACACUUGGCCCUGACACCAAAGGAGCAACAGUCCUUGGAAGGCCAAGUCAGAACCAGAGCCAAGAUGGCCGCCCAGAAAGACGACCCCCUGGUGAAGAACUGCCUUCUCCCCCUGAGAGAGUAUUUCAAGUAUUUUUCUCAGAACCCACUUCCUCUUUACAAAUGAAUCAUGAUACAAUGAAAGAAGAGGUUUUCCUAGAACCACAGCAGCCUUCCUCCUGUGGCCUUUU